AGUCAGCGGACCCGACAAAAACUACACGUGUUGCAGACCAGAAAAUAAACGGAGGAAUUAUGAAAUAUCUGUCAGAAGAGUAAUUCCUCCCAGCUUUGUGGUUUAGGAGUCUCGUGCAGGGUCCUUCACUUCAGAGGAGAUGAACCAACAGUGAAUCACUGAGGAGAGGAGGAGGAGGAGAAGAGAGGGACUGGGGAAGGAGGAGAGGGGGACAGAACUUUCUCUCAGGCAUGUGUAUAAAAUCACUCCAGUCAGUCAGUCAGUCAGUCAGAGUUUCAUCGACAGACACCUGGAUUAAUCAGAGUCUCCCAGCAGCUGUCAAUCAUCUCGCGCGCUCACAGUCAGACUUUAUAUUUGACAUCUUUUAAUUCACGCGUCAGAUAUUUGAUUUCUCCUGUUUAGUGCGCUCCAGCGGGCGCUAUUUAAGUUUGACGAAAACAAAAACUUUAGGAGAGAUUCCUAAAACACCGGACAGCGCACAAAAUAAAAGAAGUGAUUGUGUACAAUUCCAAAACUCUGUAAGAGACCUCAAAGAAAGAAUAAACGGAUAAGAAGGGAAAUUGAGGAUUUGGUCCAAUUAAAAUGUGUCCCUGGAAAGUUGGUCAGGUUGCUGUGCUGCUUUUAUUGGCUGUCACGGUGGGCAAUGCUCAGGAGCUGGACCGAACACUCAUUCUGUCCAAUGAGAGGAGCUCUAUCGAGAGAACAUACGAGCUAACCAAAUACCUGGACCACCAGCUGAAGGAGAUCAGAGACACUUACCUGUCAUAUCUCGGGCCUCCAUUCAGUGAUCCUGGCUUCUCUCCUCCCCGUCCUAACAGCUCGUCUCUGUCCGUGCCCAGUGCAGCAACACGUGUGGACUUAUGGCGCGGGCUGGAAAAUGGUGCUCGUCUGGCACAGAACCAGCAUGCAUACAGCAUUCUUCUCUGUGCGGUGAGGGAGUUGGCGCGCUCCACCCUGUGCCCGUACCUUCAGAGCUCCCUCCUGCACUUCUGCUCCGGCCUCAGCGGGUUGCUUGGCUCAAUAUCUGGGCUCAUGAACGCCCUGGGCUACACCAACCUGCCAUCCUCUGCAGGAUACGCCACCCCUGCUCAAGGAUAUGCCCCAGCCAUGUCAUCACAGUUUCAGGGUGUGAGCGAGAACAGCCCCGCCCCUCUACGGAGUUACGUGCCUCGAAAUCAAGGUGCUAAGACUGUUUCAGGUGUGAGAGAGGGAACGACCCGAGCAGAUCUCAAGCGGGACAGAGAAAAGGAGAGGGCAGAGAGGGGGAGAAGAGGGAGAAGAAAAGAAGGAGAGAGUUGGGUCGCCAAAGAAGAGGGAGAGAAGGAGGAAGGAAUGGAGAGAUGGGGCAAACGGAGAAGACUGCUGAGCAUGGAUGAAGAGAAAACAAUAAAGCUGAACAACAUGAACUACACAUCUUUAAAAUUUGGAGACGGAUACCGAAAGCAGCCUUUACUCUUUUCCACACCAUCCUUGCACCCUCGCAGAUCUGUUCGCUCUAUCCCAUCGUCUCACUCUGGGCUCUCCCCGCUCUCACUCCUCUAUCAGUAUGGAGGACCGGUCUCUGAGGUCCACACUUUACUGGCGGCCCCUGUGCUGUCAUCUCAUCCCACCGCAAAUGACUUCUCGCGGAAGGUGGAGGGAUUCUGGGUACUGAGAGAGCUGCAGAGCUGGCUGUGGAGAUCUGCAAAAGACUUCACCAGAUUGAAGAAACGACUGCGUGUUUGAGAUGACAGAGACUUGGGUCUAAAACCUAGUGAGCUGAUUCUAGCAAGAUGCGGUCACAUUUGUGGCCAAAAACAAAGAUGCAUUGCCUACUGUCAGCAGUGUAGCAAUGUACACUACUCACUCAAAAGGUUCAUUUCAAACCAGGUCGCUUUGGUCAACACUACGGCAAACUAUUGCAGAUCUUGUUGUUUCUGCUGGUGCUUAGCACUUAAAUAGAGCCAGGGUUAAAGCCAGUAUUCUGUUCUUAAAACAAAAAUUUUGAUUCACUUACUCUCUCUCACAUGCUAGGCCACCCAUUCAUGUACAAUUAGUGCAACAUUCUUAUAUUGCUCAACAUAACUGCCAUGGACAGUUGAAACUGGAGACGAACCAUAAAGUUCUACUGUCGAAAUUUUCUAAAUUGUUCAGGGUCUAGGACCAGGGGUGUCCUAAGUUGGGGGGACGUAGGACCCAGACACUAGAAGAGACCAUAGGGAAUUCAUUAUCACUCACUCAUUUUCUUUAACUUAGUCGCUUAUUCAGGGGUCACCACACUGUCAUAAAUUUCUAAUUAUUCCAAUCCUACCACAACCUACCCCUGAGAGAGCUCUAACUUAUAACCCCCAGUGCUGGGAAACACCAAUACACACUCUCUCAUUCACACAUGCACAACAUUUUUUGUUUAUCUAAUUCCCCUGUACCAUGUUCUCGGGGAAACCACACCAUAGAGAGAACAUGCAAACUCCACACAGAAAGGUGAAUUGCUGUAACUUUGAACUUCUUGGUUUCUUGCUGUGAAGUGACUGUGUUAUUCCUUGAGCUACUAUGCCACCCCCACCAUUGAAAUCUUGGGUCACAAUUUUUACCUGUGCAUAGAGCCCAAAUUAUCUAGCAAUGUCACUGUCAAGAACUGACAAGCCAGGACCUCACACUGAAACCAUAUUGGUACUCACUGGUUGAAGGGUAAAACUAUGUGACCAAUUUAAACCUGUAUGGGGAAAUCUUUCACUUUCAUCCACAGAAUGUGUAACCCCACCGGUCCUACACCCAACCCGCUCUGAGCUGGGGAUCGAACCGCCAACCUUCCUUAUGGGAGUUGGUUGCUUUACCAAGGAGGCUAAAAUCAUGGCCUAUAUGAGGUUAACCUGCACAGCACUUCACCAACUGGCCUCUGCUACACUCACCCCCUUUUAAACCUCAGUCCCAUCCGGGUCAUGGCAACAAUGUAACCCUACAAAUGUGGUCCUACACCACCCCACCCACUCUGAGCUGGUAUCAAACCGGCGACUUUCCACAUGGGAGUUGGUUGCUCUACCAAGGAGUCUAAAGACCAUGGCCUCUAGAGUAUGUCGCUAGAGCACUUUAGGAGGUAAAAGGAGUGAGGUUUACCUGCACAGCACUUCACUAGCUGGCAUCUGUUACAAAUGCAAAAUAUUGGAUGGAAUAAUCAAGCAGCUACACUGAACUACUGAUGUUUUGUGAUAUUGAUUGAAAUAUAUUCAUAUUUGAAUCAAGAUCUGUCAUAAUUCAGGGUUUGCAUUGCAUUUUAUUUGCAAGAGAUAGAAGAUGUUCAACCUGGUUUGGGCCCAAACGUGUCCACAUCAGGAACACGGCAUCUGUGGAAGCAGCUCGCUAGGUUUUGGAGUAGAGCGGAAGAAACAGAUUGAUUCAUGCUCUAUGGAUGGAGAUCUAAGAACUUCAGAUGGUCACGCUUUGCACUAAAUCACCAAACAGAAAAGAGCCGCCUGUACGUCACAGACAGAGGAAAGAGAGCGCCCAUUGAGAGAGCGAGACGUGAUUCAGCAGAAGGAAAGUGAAUCAUGUUUGGAGUCAUGCAGUAGUGAAAGGGUCAAUGGGCAAAAGUGGAGGAAAUGUGGCAUAACCAAAGAAACAAUGGAUUUUUGCUGCCUCACAAACUGAGUCAGUAAUGCCUCACUGACUCGUCUUUUUCCAGACGCAAAUACACACCUACACAUCUGGUAACAGAUGCACUAAUCUGAUGCUCAGAUGGCGUGUGUACCAACAUAAUAUUAGUCAUCUGAUCAAAUAUUAUUCAAAAACUAUAUGAUAUCUUGGUAAUACUGUUUUCUAGAAAUGUAAACUGGUAAUACCUUGGUAUUUUUGUAGAAAACAUGGAAUACUACGAUACAGUAUGUAAAUAAUUUUGUCAUGUGAAGUAACAUGAGAACAUUGUAUGUGAUAUGAUAACCAUUCACAUACUAUUGCAAUUUUUUCCAAGCACUCUUAAAAUUUCACUGGUGUUUCACAUAAAUAUCACGGUAUAUUAUAAUAUACUAUGGUGUAAAAAGCAUUAGAUGAUAAACCCAUGUUUUUUUAGGUACCAUAGUAUUCUAGACAAAAGGAAAAAGGAGGGAGAUUUCGAGCCAUAAUCAAAGUACUAUGGAAUUACUGUUUAAGAACAAUGCCAACCAAUCUGUAUUGUGGUAUAUUUUCUCACAUGGUACUUUUAGAAGGACUUAGAAAGGCUAUACUUAUAUAUUUCCAUACCAUUCUUUUACCUUAGUACUUCCACCGUUACAGAUAAGGCAUUUCACACAUGAACAUGAGCUAUAAUGCAGGUGAGAGAGUGUAUAAAUAUGAGUGUUUGUGUACAGUCUGUACAGUGAUUUCUGUAUGUGUGUAUAUGUCUGUUGUAUUUAUUUAAUACUAUUUAUUUUUUCUGGGCUACGACUGUAUGAUGUCACAUGUUUUUUUGCAAUGAGUACAAAAGACCUUUACUGGCUACAC